GAGAGAGAGAGAGAGAGAGACGCAACAACGCCCAAUGCCGCAUAAACCCGCGACCACCACCAGGCAGCCUCGCCGGAACUUCCCGACCACCGCCCGGAAAUCAAAUUCGACCACCCCUGUUGCGUUACCUCAUCUCUCCACCGCUUCCACCGCCUCCACCGCCGCUAUUCUACCGCCGCCCACCGUCGCUCGAGAAACAAGAUCACCACAUGCUACAGCUCUUGCUCCCCAGACUCAACCCCAAGGCCAACAACAAGCCCUAGCACCCAAUUGGGGACUCGCAAACUCCGAUUCCUUGAACAUCGACGAUAACAGAAACGAGGGAUUGGGUAAUUCCAUUGAGCCCGGGAAGCCCGGUAUCGAACAAUUCGGGCCGGAGAAAAUAUUUCACAUCGAGACCGGAGCUUCCGUGGAGAGCGGAGGUGGAGGGAUGAGUAUGGCCGAUCCUUAUUGUGCGCCAGAAGGAAGAUCGCAGCUGCAGGCCGAGGGUUCUGUAGAGCCCGUAACCAGGCCCGACAAUGCCGUGGAUGGCGUGGCCGGGCCCGGGAAGGUGAAGAAGAUAAUAGUGAAGAAGGUCGUUAGAGUUGUUAAGAAGGUGGUAAAGAAGAGAGUGCCGAAGAGAGUUCUGACUGUGUUAGCUGAAGAGAGUGAGGUAACAAAAAGUUCUGAUUUUGAUAACAAAUCUAAUUCUGUAGAUGUGUUAAUAGAGAAACCAGGGAUAGUAAGUGAGGCCGAGGACACUCUGGACACAGCCGAUGAGGUUGCUGAAAAUUCGAAUGUGGCUAAUGAUAUUGUAAACGAAGCUGCGCAAAGUGACGAGGUUUUGGAAGAGGCAAAGUUAGCAGACAAUAAGAAAUCGGAAGUUUUUGUUAAUUGUGCGAAUGUGUCCGAACCCGUUUCAAGGGAGAACGGUAAAGAUGCUAGUGGUAGUGUUUUUAGUGAAAGUGCUCGUGAACGAAUAAUGCCUGAUAAUGAUGAAAGUGGGUUGAAUACUUUACACAGUGACAAUAUGAAAAGUGAUGAUUCUGUAACCUGUGCUCCAGAUACUAUGGAAGUUGAAAAGGUUGAUUGUAUUUCCAAACAUGUUGUGGAGACAGCUGAGGGGGACAAUGGUACUAUUAGGUCGAAUGAAGGGUCGGUUUUAGGUGAGGAAAAGGAGGCAUUGGAGAGGAAGGAGAGACGAAAGACCGAGAUCUUUGUUGGUGGUUUGGAGGGCUAUACUAAGGAGGAAGACAUUAGGAAAGUGUUUGAGGAGUUUGGGGCUAUUAUGGAAGUAAGGCUUCUGAUGUCUAAUGGCACGGGGAGGAACAGAGGGUAUGCCUUUGUGCGGUUUGAGUCGGCUGAUGGUGCUAAAAAUGCGUUGGCGAAAUAUUCUUAUGCUGAGAUAUGUGGAAAGCAAUGUAAUGUAGAACCAUCCGGGGGCAAUGAUACUAUAUAUCUCGGCAACAUUGACAAAAAUUGGAAGACUAAAGAUCUGAUGACAUUGUUAGAGAAAGAUGAGAUUAAGAAUAUAGGUAAAGUGACUCUUAAGCCUGAUCCAAAUAAUGUUGGCAAGAAUCGGGGUUUUGCAUUUCUUGAGUUCAAAACAAGUAAAGCUGCCCAAACUGCCUUUGAUAAACUCCAAAAGAAGAAUAUUUUGGGGAAAAAUCUGAUGGUAGAAGUUGCAUGGGCACAACCAUUAAAUGACCCCGAUGAAGAAGAAAGUAAGACCAGCAACUGUUUCCAAAAUAAAGAUGCUGCUCCCACAUGUAUAGAGGCUGUCACUACAGAGAGAUUGCACGAUCAUGGCUCAAAGGUUAAUAAAGCUAUCCCACCUGCAACUCUAAAACCGAAAAGCAAUCAGAUAAACCGAACAACACCUGGUUGGACUACAAAGCAACUGGGCAAUGCACAGCCAAAGGCUGUACAGAACUCCAUAAAACUGCACGAACCUAGACACGAGUGGAAGCCUGCUAGCAGUAGUUAUGAUGGUGCGAAGAUUGAUAACGGGCCUUCUGUUACAAAUGAACUCGUGCAAAUAUUGAGGCAACAAGCGUCAAAUAGGCAUUUCCAUCCACAGCCACAAUCAAAACCACUUCCGAGGACGGGAGGCAUAGCUCCAGACCUUCAUUUCCCUUCCCCUGGAAGCAAGCGACCAUUUUCACUAGUGGGACACGAUCCACGCCAUUUGGAGCUCUGGGGACAGUCAAGAGCGCGUAUAGAAAGUUCUUAUCCAAUUUUAGGCCCAAGUUCAUCAUCACUAGAUGCAAAUGCAUUACCUAUCCCAGGUCAUCCUCAACAAAUGCCUGCCCUCACAUUGGGGACUCGUAUAGGAACAGGAAAUCAUCCUAGUCAUUUUCAGAUUGAAGAACCAUUUGCGAUAAAAUUGGAGGCGAGUGGGUCUUUCUUCUUAGUCUGCUCCAAUCUUAGGCAAGAAAAUGCCGAACUUUGUGACUUAUAGCUGACGAUGAAUUAUAUGGUGAACCAGGUGCACUUUGUAUUGUGCACCAAAGUCCGAAAAUUAUUGUAUUUUUAGCUGAUAAUAUGAAAUGUAUUUUUAUAUACAUUUGUCUAUUGUGUACUGAUACACAUUAUGUGUUCUCUAGUGAGUGCAAUUUUAAUUGAUGGUCUUAAAUUCAUUUCAUCUUAUUUACUCAUUUACUAUUCAUCGCCCCCUUUUAUUAGUUAUCGCUCCCCUCAUUUACUCUUUUGCUCUUAAUCUUUUUUCAGACUCUAUCUCUCUAAACUUUAUACCUCUCUAAAUUCUCGAACUUCCAACAAGCGAUUCGAGCACCGAAAAAAAUCCGAAAAAAUCCUACGGCAUCGGCAAAUCGAUCUUCUCUAGUAAGG